CCGCCUGCCAGGUGGCCUUGGCCUCUCCUGAGAGGGGGGUGGGGAAACACCUGCUUUUGCCCCUCAGGCGUCCCUAGGAAACCCCAGAGCUAUGUGCCCCGGGUAUUUCCUUUCCUGGGCUCCUUCCCCGAAAAUGCACUGACGUGACCAGGCGAAUGCUUCUGUGUCCAGUCAUGGGGAUGUUUUCAAGUUUCCAUCCGCUGUGGCUGGAUCCUGAACCUGUCUGUCCAGGACAUGUAUUCCUCUGAGAAACCUUGGACAGCACAUUUUGGUUUAGUAUCUGGUUUGGACAACAUACAGAGACAUUUCCAGUCAUGAAAUUUAUUUAAAAGAAAGGUUGGAUGCUUGUGUGUCUAGAUUCAGACCAAGAUGUAGCAGUCAAACUUGCCCAGGAACGAGCUGAAAUAGUUGCUAAAUAUGACAGAGGACGAGAAGGUGCAGAGAUUGAGCCUUGGGAAGAUGCUAAUUACCUUGUUUACAAAGUCACAGAUAGAUUUGGCUUUUUACAUGAAGAGGAGCUCCCGUAUCAUAAUGCAGCUAUGGAACGGCAAAAACACCUCGAAAUUGAAAGAACUACAAAAUGGCUGAAAAUGCUGAAAGGAUGGGAAAAAUACAAGAACACUGAAAAGUUUCAUAGGAGAAUUUACAAAGGAAUCCCACUCCAGCUCAGAGGGGAAGUCUGGGCUUUACUUCUUGAGAUCCCUAAAAUGAAAGAAGAAACAAGAGACCUUUAUAGUAAAUUAAAGCACAGAGCACGAGGUUGUUCACCUGAUAUCAGACAAAUUGACCUUGAUGUCAACCGCACAUUUAGGGACCAUAUUAUGUUUAGAGACAGAUACGGAGUUAAGCAACAAUCCUUAUUCCAUGUUCUUGCAGCAUAUUCUAUUUACAAUACGGAAGUUGGAUACUGUCAGGGGAUGAGCCAAAUCACAGCUUUACUCCUUAUGUAUAUGAAUGAAGAAGAUGCCUUUUGGGCUCUGGUCAAACUGUUCUCAGGCCCCAAACAUGCCAUGCAUGGUUUUUUUGUCCAAGGUUUUCCUAAACUCUUGAGGUUUCAAGAACAUCAUGAAAAAAUACUGAAUAAAUUUCUGUCCAAGCUUAAGCAUCACUUGGAUCAACAAGAAAUCUAUACAAGUUUUUAUACAAUGAAAUGGUUUUUUCAGUGUUUCCUUGAUCGUACUCCAUUUACACUAAACCUAAGAAUAUGGGAUAUCUAUAUCUAUGAAGGAGAGAGAAUUCUUACUGCUAUGUCUUAUACAAUCUUAAAAUUGCACAGAAAACAUCUAAUGAAAUUGUCUAUGGAAGAACUUGUAGAAUUUCUUCAGGACACUCUGGCAAAGAAUUUUUUCUUCGAAGAUGACUUUGUAAUAGACCAACUUCAGAUUUCUAUGGCAGAACUAAAGCGAGCAAAGUUAGAUCUCCCAGAACCUGGUAAAGAGGAUGAAUAUCCAAAGAAACCUUUGGGGCAGUUUCCACUUGAAAGGCAGCCUGCUGGCAUUCAGCUCCUGAGCAACGGACAGAGAAGUGUCGGCAGGUCAAGUCCCUACAUGGGCAGCAAGCGAGACAGCGGCCCCUCCCCUCCUGGGAAGCACUCACACUCCCCACACCAUCAGAACAGGAUCGGCACUCCAGAAAGAGCAAGGCAGCUGAGGCGGAAAUCCGUGGGUGAGGAUGGUAAAAAGCUUAAGGGAGAGGUCGAUUUUCAAAGGAAACUUCCAUCAGCUCCACAAGACAAUUCCAAGCAAUAUAAUAAUGCAGCUGCUAACCAGAAUAGCAAUGCUACUUCAAAUAUCAGAAAGGAAUUUGUGCCCAAAUGGAAUAAGCCUUCAGAUAGUUCAGCAAUUGAAAAAACUGCCAAAUAUGCCAUUGAAAGCAAAAGUGGUCCAGCAAACCCCACAGUUAAAAUCACUGUCCCAAGUUCAGCUGAUCUUCGAGUAUCAAAUGUGAGGCAAAAGAUGAAGGUUCUGGAUGCAGAUGAAGGUAAGCGAGGCUCCAAUGCCUCGCAGUAUGAUAACGUCCCUGGGGCUGAAAGCGACCACGGUGCUGUCCUUGAAGAGGCACUUGAAAGGGCUUACUCACAAACUCCAAGGAAUGCAGUGCCCGCUCCUAGUCCAAGGAAGCAGGUGGAGCCGGGUGCUAGUCCGACAAAAGGGUCAAACCAUUUUACUUUUAAGGUACAGCCUCCAGGUUACCCAAAAUACCCCUCUCGGUUAGAGGGGGAGGAUUCUGGAACAGCACCCCCACCCUCCUACAGCAACCCCCCCACUUACCAUGGGAACUCCCCAAAGCAUGGCCCGAAACCUCACAGCAGCUUCCUGCUGCCACAGUCCAGCCAGGGGGCCCAACUGAGUCCUUCCAGGAGACCGCCCGGUUCUGCUCUUUCGAUAGAUACUUCUCCUGAGAAACCUUAUAGCCGUCCCGCUCCUCUUGUACUACCCUCUAGUCGAAUAGAAGUUCUUCCUGUUGACAUUGGUGCUGGGGGAUAUUCGGGCAUUUCAGGGUCACCAAAGAAUGAAAAAUUCAUCAUUCCUCCAGUGGAUUAUUUGCCAGAUAACAGAAAAUGGUCAGAAGUUAGUUACGCGUACAGACCUGAGGUGCAGGGACAAUCCUGGUAUCGAGAUGGUAACCGUAGCCACUUAAGCAAUUUACCAAAAUAUCCAGCCUUUCCACGCAUGACCUUUCAGGACCAUCACCUCCCAGUAGUUUCAGUUGACAGCCCAGUGCGGUGUAGAACAUCACCAGAUAUAGAAGAUGCCAGUUCAUCUCGGUAUCAAUAUUCAGGGCCCUCGCCGCCAGCAUAUCACUACAGAAAUCGGGAAGGACUUCCCAUUCAAGAAUCAGUAUUGCUGUGAGAAUUUAUCUAUACUUGCUAGAGACAAGAGAAGAGAAACCACGUAACUCCGACAUUGCUAUGUUUAUAAUUGCCAAAGCAGUAUUUUAUAUGACUGUAAACAACUCGCGCAAUUCUAAUGUAUGUUAAUAAUAAGAAUCUGUGGAAAUAUUUUCAUUCCAUGUAGAUGCUGCUUAUGAUGAGCAUUUUAAAAUGCAUCAUCCCUGAACUUGUUAGAAAGAAUUUAACAUGGAAACAUAGCAAUAGUAUUUAGGGAUGCACGCACAAUAACAAUUCGUUACUCAGUUUCAUAUAGAACUUUCUCCAGAACAUGAACAUUUUUAUUCUAUUGGCCCAUUUUGAGUAAUGUUACAAAGCACUGAGAAACUGUCUGUGUAGAAUAGAGAUUUUUAAGGUUAUAUGCAGCGUAUGUGUCUUCUAGUAGAUAACGUAGGCCUCUGCAUACACAUUUGAACACAGAACUAAAGAAACAUUUAAAAAACAACUACUUUUAGUCUAGAUCCACGCAAUAACUUAUUAUUAUUCUUUUUCUUGUCUUUUAGUCAAGUUUUUCCUCCCCUUUUUUUUUAUCCCAGUCCCUAAACUGACUAAAGGGUUUGCUCUGGCCUUACUAACUGACCAUCUCACAGAAUGCUCAUCGUGCUUCUUCAAUUGCUGCCAUUUUCUUUCAAUCUGAAAAUUAAGAAUGUUGGAAGGAGAGGCUACCCACUUAAUGGUGCUUAAAAAUCAGGGCAGUUAAAGUAAGUUUAUGGUCAAAGGCACAGGGCUUGAUUCUCUUUGCCCUGAGAUCAGAGUAUGCUUUCAUGCCCUGUGUAAGCUUGGAGCAGAACCUUCCUCGCCAGGUGCAGAGGCAGUGGGGCACCCCAGCUCUCCAGUGGAGGCCAGCAGAAGGUGUAAGGUACUGAUCUUCAAGCACUCAUGUGGGCCAGAAGAAUAAACUCCUUUGAAAUUCAUUUGAAAGCAGGAUUAACAAUAUGGUUACAUCUUCCUGCACCCCUUAAAUUUUUCUAGGGCCUCACCACAAAGGGCACCAGGGUGGGGGGUCAUUUAUACCAUCUUCCCUUAAAGAAUGUAGUCAAUGGAUAUUGCUGCACUUAACUGGGCCAUUGAAUUAUGGUGAAAUUGUAAAAAUUAUUUACUUAAUUGUUACUAGCAAUCUAAGAUUUUAGUCUUUUAAAGAAAUUACUAUGUCUUUCAUACUUUCUGAAAGUCUUUCAGUGAAAAAAAAUUUCAGGCUCAUGGUGAACAAUUACUAAUAUUCAAUUCAAUUAAAAAUAUUGUAUUACACUACAAUUACCAAAACACUGACAAAAAAAGUUUUGGGCAUGCCAAGAAACUGUGACUUUGUAUUUAACUGGAGAGCUUGUUUCCAACAUUGCUUUGUUUCUAUUUGAACGGAGAGGGAAAAGCAUAGUGUUGAUAGCUCUUCUCAUUGCAAGUUGGGGCUUUAGACUUACUAGGUACAGAAGCAUGUCUUUUAAAAUGAAAGAAACAUUUGUUUAGUUAGUGAAUGUGACAAUAUUUUUUAUGUAUAUAAUGAGUCUAAUGUAUUUUAAUCAACUUGGUAAUGAUGUUAUUAAAUGGCGAAACAAAUGCAGUGUAUUAACAGCUAAGCACUACUCUGAAGCUCAGACCCUGAGAUGAAGAUUACUGGGCCCUUGGUUGUGAUCAUGUGGAAGCUUAGAGAUACAUGUAAAUAAAACUGUAGCCGAGGGUAUUAAUUCCAA